GUGAGGGGGAGUCCUCCUUUAUCGGCGCUCUCAUCAUCUCCAUCUCCACAUGUUUGGCAUUGCCCCUACCAGCUCAGAAGAGGACGGGUCGGCGACAAGAAACUACCCCACCCACCCGUACACACCCCCUUGCUCUCUGGGCUUCUCAUGUCGACGUCUGCCGCUCAUUUUGUGCCAACCGACGGGUUUGCCGCACAGCAAAGCAUCUUGGGCAUCGAAUCGUCAGCGAAUACAUCGCCCUGCUCCUCCAGCGACGAAAGGAGCGUCUGGAGCAAUGCUGUGGUACGUGGUGGUCCUGGUGACGGUAGUGGUGGGUGUGGUGGCGGGGCAGGAGAGUAUGUGCGAGACAGAGACGUACCGGGGGUUGCCGGUGGAGGUGCAGAACGAGCAUCAGUGCAGGGUGCUGGAGCGCAUGCAGAAGGACGCCCUGCAGCAACGCAGCACGGUGGAGAGCCAGUACAACUCUAUGCUGAGCCGACUGACGAAGCUGGAGCAGAACAUCAUGCGCAAGCUGGGUCAUGGCUACAAGCGCACCAAUGUCAACACUGGCACCGGCUUCCCUGCUCUCAAAGACAUCCCUGUAGCUCGAGACUGCAGCGACCUGAAAAUGAGUGGAGUGGACAUGUCGGGUGUGUACCCGAUCAAGCUGUCCACUGGCCUUGUGCUCAACGUGUACUGCGACAUGGACACGGCGCAGGGCGGGUGGACCGUCAUCCAGCGCCGCCAAGAUGGCGCCGUCAACUUCACGCGCCGGUGGGACGACUACGCCUUCGGCUUCGGAAACGUCAACGGCGAGUUCUGGCUGGGCAACGAGAACAUCCACAUCCUCACCCGAGAGACCAACUAUACACUGCGCAUCGACCUCUGGGACUGGGACAACAAGCGGGUGCAUGCGAUCUAUGCAUAUAUGCUGGUUAAAGGUGAAGACGACGACUACCGCCUCAACCUGGGCCGCUACAGCGGGACUGCGGGCGACAGCUUCAGCCACCACAACGGGAUGCGCUUCACCACCCCGGACCGCGACAACGACCUAUGGUGGGCCAACUGCGGCCUGAAGGACCAGUCUGGGUGGUGGUUCAACGCCUGCAGCCACAGCUCUCUCAACGGCAUUUACCAUCACAUGGGCAACGGAAGCGCGCUCCGCCGAUCGUCACCCGACGGCACCAACACGGGCAUCCAGUGGUACGAGUGGAAGUCCGACCCCGGGUACUCUCUGAAGCGUGUCGAGAUGAAGAUCAAGCCCAGGCCUGCAGUGGCCAUGCAGAAAACUGAGCGUCUUCAGGAUGCUGGGAAUGGGAAAAGGCCAGAGCAGCCUCCGGAUAAAAAGAAUGGAUAGAGACUGGAGAAACAUGCGCGGACAGUGUACACAGAGACCGAAAAAAACCCUGGCGAUCCAUGUGAAUGCGAACUGGCAUGAAGAAAAUGCUGAGCAGUACAUCAGUUGCAAUACCAUGCUACAGAACAUCGACAAUGGUUUCAAGCUCUCUGACAGAAAAUUUCUGCAAAAGCUACAUCAGUAUCAAAGACUCUUGAGAACGUGACAAUAAUUAAAAGACUGGAAACUUGAGCAAAAUAAAUGCUAGGCAUUUUUGUUUUAAGAGAAAUAUGGAAGACAAUGGAUUUAAAUUUAUGUUAAAUGAAAUUUUGCAGUUGAAGUCAACUCUUUUUAAAGUUUGGGUUGGUUAUACGUAUUUGCAAGUGGAUUAUUUUGUUACAAAUGCUGUCCUACAUCCGAGAAUAAUCUAUGCAAUAAAUUUGUAUGCGUGAAUGCUGUUCGAAGAACACUCUUAUCAAUUCCUCUAACUUGCUUAAUUUUGUGUGAAAAACGUCAGAAAUUGAAUUAAAACAGCUGAACAUC